AUGGCCGACUCCGAUGGCGAAUUCCAGGCUGAUGAUGCCUCUGAUGACGAGUUCGGCGAUCAUCAGGUAACAUCCAGUACCCGAAACGAUACGCGAUCGAGGAAUCGGACCGAUAAAAGCAAGAAGAGUACUCGGAAAGGCGCGAAGGCCGCCUGGGAAGAUAUUCAACGGUCGUGGGACACAGUCGUUGAAGAUGCCGACGGUACGCUCACGGGAGCGAUCGAGGGUCGUGCCGAGGCGGAGAAGCGGGCGCGACUGCUUAAGGAUACCACGCCCCUACAACGCGGUAUCAUACGACACCUUGUUCUAGUUUUAGAUAUGUCCUUCGCCAUGCUCGAGAAGGACCUGCUGCCUAGCAGGUACGAACUGACCAUGGCUUACGCCUCCCAAUUCGUGAGAGAAUACUUUGAGCAGAACCCUAUCUCUCAGCUAGCGAUCAUAGGAAUGCGAGACGGCGUCGGAGUUAGGAUAAGCGACAUGAGCGGAAAUCCAACAGACCACCUAGAGAAGUUACAGGGUUGGGUCAAGCAGGACCCUCAGGGAAACCCAAGUCUGCAAAAUGCCCUGGAGAUGUGCAGGGGUGCUCUAUUCCACACACCAUCACAUGGAACGAGAGAGGUCGUGAUAGUCUACGGCGCCUUGAUGUCUAGCGAUCCGGGAGACAUACAUGAGACCAUUAGUGCUCUGGUCGCCGAUAGGAUACGCGUAUCUAUAGUAGGCCUCGCCGCACAAGUAGCUAUCUGCGACGAACUCUGCUCGAAAACCAAUGGAGGGGAGAACUCCAGCUAUAGUAUAGCUUUACACGAGGAGCAUUUUAGAGAUUUACUCAUAGCAAUAACAACGCCCCCCGUCACGCGUACGCAAGAGCAGAGCAACGCCAGCCUGCUCAUGAUGGGCUUCCCCUCGAGGACGCUCGCGGUCGGCGGCAAUACCCAUUACUGCGCGUGCCACAACCGGCCAACGCGCGAAGGCUACGGCUGCACCCGCUGCGGAUCGCGUGUCUGCAGACUACCCGCCGAGUGUCCCGGCUGCGGACUCACACUCAUCUUAUCCACACAUCUGGCCCGAUCAUACCACCACCUAUUCCCACUACGCAACUGGGUCGAAGUACCAUGGACCGAAGCCAAGCGCUCCAAGGCCUGCUACUCGUGUCUGACCCCGUUUCCCGAGCCUGCCAAGACCAAAAUCUCGGUCAAGGGCAAGGAGAAGAUCAAUGCCGCAAAACCGCUGCCGCCGAGGGGUCUCAGCGAGUCUGGUAGGUACGCGUGCGAGGUCUGCAGGAAUCACUUCUGCAUCGAUUGCGAUCUGUUCGCUCACGAGGUCCUGCAUAAUUGCCCCGGAUGCCAGAGCGAUACUCGAGGCGCCCGGGAUAACGAUCCCGGCGGCGGCGGCGGUGGUGGUGGUAUUAGUAACGGCGCUAUGGAGAUCGAUUCGUAA